GCGAGGUACAUAAUAUAACCAGCACCUAUAGUUGCACACUGCUUCUCCAUAUCCGAAUCGCCUUCUUGCCCGCGACACUUGUCAAGCCACGUGAUCUAGAUUGCAAGCCCGUGCCCGAGUCAGCUCGGGAUAGCAAUCCGAGGCAAUGCCAGCGGAGUCGACCCUUCUCAGUCAUCUCCCAAAGGGAAGGAACGCAUCCCACCAUUCCAGAAAUUGGACUCGGGCAGACGUCCGUGUGGACCUUACAUACAGUACGGUCAGACACGUGCAUGUGUGGUGUGUGCUGCGCACUGACAACCUUAUAAAGCCAAAGGAAAUGUUUCCACGCCGCCUGCCACUCGUCGCCACAAUUGCACCUUUGGCAUGUUUUGGGGUUUGGUCGUACACCGCAUACUUUCCAAGCAAGGAGGCAGCCUCUUUGUUAAGUAUUUGUCCCCCCCUUUUCAUGACGCCUUUCCGAUGGCCCGUUCAGACGGAGCGGAGCGUCUUUCGCCCGCUUCCAUAUCAUAGCCCCCUUUACGGUGGAGCUCAAGGCACCGGAGCCUUUUGCUGGGUGCAGUUUUUCGGGGAAUCCCCCGGAGUCCCUGAACCAUCAUUUCACCGCCGACCCCUCGGGUUCGAGCUAACAGGUGUCGACUUUGGGGAAGGCAGCUUGUUCGAUAGCAUAUUUACGAGGGGUCUUCGCCUGUUAUCACAACCCCACUUUUUGUAUACAUAGUAAGUACUUUUCUUCACGGUCCGAAGCUCGGGAUCUCGACACCUUGAUCAUUCGCUGGCAUCACGGCCGCAACUCGGUAGCCUCCACAAGAUGUCGCAACUAAGUUUAGGUGAGUGCA